CCAAACAAACUUCACAAUACACACACACACACACACAGUCUCUUCUCUAUCUCUCAUUUGCAAUGGCUUCCCCUGCCAUGAAACUCUCCAUCUUCCUCCUCCUCCUCACCCUCUUCUCUACUCUCCCCACUCAUGCAAGAGACAGCCAGUUAUUCAACAAAAUCCCUAGCACCACCACCAACAAUGUUGUUGUCCCAACCAAUCAACAAGACCCCAAUUUCCUCCCUGCAAACGAGAACAGCUACGGCCUCUACAGCCACGAGACCGGCCAAAACCCCCCUUCCACCUCUGCUGAAUACAAACAACCCCUCAACAAAUACCUCCCCAAGAACUACAACCCCGUCGCCUACGUCACCCAGCCCGAAUCUGAAGAGGAGAGAACCUUCACCACCAACCCCAACAACAACAACAACAACAACAAUGACGACGAGAACAGGAACAGUUACUACAGUGGUGAGGAGAAUUACUACAACAACCAGCAGCAGCUAGACGAAGCCGAGUUCAGAAGCUACCCCACCACCACCGCCGCCACCAACAACAGAGACAACGGCGUCGCCAACUUCUACUUAGGCAGCAACUUCAACAGCGGGCCGGCCUUCCGCAACACGUUCCAGCCGCAGGGAAUGAGCGACACGCGCCACUUGGAAAAUGGGAAAUAUUUCUACGAUGUUAACUCGGAGAAGUACAGCAGCAAUCACCCUUAUGAAACCUUGAAAGCCGCUCACCAGCAGAAUGAUUUCACCAACACUAACUUCUAUGGAAACAAUGCCUAUGAAUUCAACCGCCACACUGAACAACACUUCCAGGACGAGGAAAACAUGCCUUGAAAAUUAACCAAGUGAUGGUGUUUUUAAGUUAUGGUUUUUACUGAAAACCAAACCACACAUUUUAUUUUAUUUUAUUUUCAUGCUGCUAUUUUUACGGUUUUCGACUAUAAAAUAUUAGUAAUAACUUGUAUAUUAAAUGCUAUAUUUCGGAAUUGAAGUUUGUGUGUUUGUUUUAUUUAAUAUAAUUACAUGGUGUAUUUUUUCCUGGCGUGGUUAA